UCGAGUGAAAAUGCCGAACGUGAUGAGAGUGCUGUUGGUUUUCACCUGUGCCUAUCUUCCCAUUGCACGCGGAGAAUUUCAGUGCUACUCUUGCUUGAUGGAUGCAAGUGCCACGGAUAGAUCUUGCUUGAAUAACCCAGCAGGUGUCAGUACUAGUUUCCCCGUUGUCAAAUGUCCUUACAAGUACUGCACAAUUAUAAGACAGGAAUACCUGGACAAUCCGGGGCAGAUCUUCACUUUUUACCGUGGCUGCACCCCCUACAGUGAUCAUGGGAUAACUGAGGGUGGCGGCUACAGAGUGUACACGAGAGUCUGCACAGCUAACCUCUGCAACGAUUGGGAUGGCAUUUCAUCUGGUCCCUCCUCCGGGAUCGGUGGUGGCUCUGGAGGUGACGGUGGUUCCGGAGGUGGCAGUGGUUCCGGAGGCCGCGGUGGUUCUGGAAUUAAUGAUCCUGGAUAUGAAGGUGUUCUCUAUGUUCAGGGAAUUGGAGAUUCGGGGGCCCAGCGCACAGAAUUAUACAUCACACCCAUUGCAUUUUUUGUCCUUUUGAAAUUGUUUAGAUAGGUCAACGUACCAUCAUCCAGCUAAGAGAAGGCGAAGCAAUUACCAAGUCCCUUUUGUCGACGAGGAGCCUCAAAAUAUACCACACGAACGGCUAGUAUUUUAAAAUCUUUUAAUUAUUUGAAAUUAGAAUUUUAAGCGCCGAAUCUUUCAAUAUAACACGUAUAUUAAUUAUAAUUUUAUAUUCUUAGGAUUAUGUAGCGCGAAUGGGGGAGACGAGGAAUAUGUAUAGGAUA